AAUAAUAGCCAUUACACAGUGUUGUUGGCGCGCUAGGGGGGGGGGAAGGAACGCCACCCGUACCCUGCCUCUUCCACGUGGACAAUUUUAGGCGAGGCCGCAGGCUUUGCACGCUACUAGGCCUCGACACCCACCACGCCACUCUGAGGAAUAUGGCAGGGAUUCCGCCAGGAACGGGACCGUACCCGGUGGGCUGCACGGAUGUGAUGACUCCACACGGCGUGCAGGGCAGCUUCAUGCGCGUUUACUACCCGGCUCGUGAUGCCGUGGUGAAGCAGCCCAAGGUGAACCCGCAGCCGCUGUGGAUUCCUCGCCGGGAGUACACGGGCGGGCUGGUCAACUUCCUCAACCUCAACCCGUGCUUCACGAGCUUCUUCAGCUUCAUGUUCGCUUCGUACCAUGUUCCUGUGGAAUGGAACGCACCGUUUCGUUCUGGAGAGAAGUUUCCGCUCAUCAUCUUUUCUCACGGCCUGGGGGCCUUCAGGACCCUGUACUCGACGGUGUGCGUGGAGAUGGCGUCACGGGGCUUCAUUGUGGGAGCGGUCGAGCACAGAGACCUGUCUUCCUCGGCCACUUACUUCAUUCGGCCAAAAGAGGGCGAGGGAGGGACAGCGGCCGAGACGGCGGCGGCCUGUGAAGGGGAGGAGAAAGCGGCUCUGCAGAACGGCGAGUGCAUGCAGGAGGUGUGGCUGCCCUACCGCAAGCUGCUGCCCGGAGAGAAGGAGUUCCCCCUGCGCAACCAGCAGGUUCACCAGCGAGCGGACGAGUGCGUGCGUGGCCUGCGUCUGCUGGAGGACAUUAACGAAGGCCGUCCCAUUCAGAACGUGCUCUCCUCGGGCUUUGACUUCCAGCAGCUGAAGGGAAGCAUGGACCUGGAGAAGCUGUCGGUGAUGGGGCAUUCGUUUGGAGGAGCCACUGCGAUCGUCUCUCUGACCAAAGAGCCCCGCUUCAGGUGUGCUGUGGUCAUGGAUAGCUGGAUGCUGCCGAUCGAGAGGGACCUGUACCCCAACGUCACGCAGCCGAUCUUCUUCAUCAACACGGAGAAGUUCCAGUGGGUGGCGAACGUCCAGAGCCAGCGGCAGCUCGACUCCAGCACCGUCGAUCGCAGGAUGAUCACCAUCCUGGGCACGGUGCACCAGAGCCAGGCCGACUUCACCUUUGUGACUGGCUCCUUUCUGGGAAAACUGGCCAAGACGCGGGGAACGCUGGACCCCUUGACCGCCAUCCACAUCAACAACAGGGCCUCGCUGGCCUUUCUGCAGAAGCACCUGGAUCUCGACAGGGACUUCUCCCAGUGGGACAGCCUGCUGGACGGGAAGGGCGAGCACGUGAUCCGUGGGACCAACAUCGUCAUGCCGAGCGUUCCCCCGUCGCAGCUCUGAUUCCCCGGGGCGGGGGGGGGCAGUCUUCGCUGCACCCCCUCCCCGGCGUUCAAGGUGCUUGAAUAUUGUGAAGGUGGUGGCUCCGUGUCUUGCAGAGGAGAGUGAGAGGUUUUUUGUUGAGUAAUUUGGGCUUUGGUGGGAAAUGUGUCGAGGCUCUCCAGCAAGAUGUUGUCAUCUGUAAAGUUUCUGACGGUUAUUUUUGUGUGGUAUCGACCAUUAGAUCACCCUGUAUGAUAACGGUACAGGAAAAUAAAUUUACUUGGAGAAGUUGACUUAACGUCUGACGGUGUAGGCUUUCGCGACCAAUAUUAUUCGUAAGAAUGUUUUUUUUGGUUUAGAUGGCGUAAGUAGAAAUGUGUCGAUAACCUGCCACCACCCGACACAGCCAAUUAUUAAUGUUUGUCACGUGACUAAAAGGUGUGCUAAUUAGUAAUUACUUCAGCACCACUGAUGUGUUGGAGAGUAAUUCCAUAACAUUUACAAUUUGAGUGCUGUGACGUUUCGCUGGUAACUGCAUCUGGCAUCAUCUGGUGGGCUGAAGUAGUAAGUAAUUGGCACGUUCUGUUUACGUGACAAACCUUACUAAUUGGCUGUGUCGGGGGGUGGCGGUUUAACGACAGAUUUAUCCUUACACGAUCUGAAGCCAAAAAUCUUUAUUGUGACUUACCGUCUGUUCGUUAUAUAUUCAUUACGUAACUAUGAGUAGCUAAUCAUGAAUGUUAACUUCCUAAUGUAACGUCACGAAGCCUUCAUUUAGGAAAGCUUCGUCGAGUUAUGAAACACUUUUUUUAAAGGAGGGUCUUGCAUUGGGAUAUUUUAACUAAUUCGUCAAUGAGUAUGAACACAGCAUAUUAGUGAGUAGGUGUUCGUGAUAUUUUUACGUAGCUCUCCGAUGUAUUUUUUGGGUUGUUCCGCGUGUUGUUCAGUGUGAUGUCCGACGUUUCGCUCCAUGCGCUGGGGAGUGGGCUCUUUAUUAAGGAACUCUUUUGUGCUGCUCACUUUCUCCCUUGAUUCCAGAGCCGUUGCUGGCGUUGUCUGCUGUCGAUGCCGAUUGGCUCAGCUCUCUGACCUAGUUUCCUCUCAAGCAGAAAUGUGAUUUUGUGAUUUUUGCUUGAGAGGAAACCAGAGUACCCGGAUAAAGCUGUUCAUGCAGAUACCUGGGGGCAUCUCAGACCGUGCAACAUCUCGUGAACGAUUGCCCAAUCAGAUCAUUUAACGGCGACCUGAAACAAGCAGUCGAAUGCGAUAUGAAAUCUCGACAUAAAUUUGCAAUCUGUUGCAAACCCCAAAAAUGCCCUACGAAAGAAGAAGAAGAUCUGCGCACUUUGUAAAACAGACCGGAGAGCAAUGACGGCUCAAGCGUUGGUGCUGCACAGUCGAGGCACGCGGUUUUGAAUACAACCAACGUAUUUUAACCUCACUGCUGAUAAGGACUGGUAUAUUUCACAUUGUAUUUGCAUGCAAUUGUUUCGUCUUUUUUUUAAGUUGAGAAUAAUGAAAAGUUGUUUGAACUGCUUUGGGAUUUUAUUUUUAUAAAAAAAAAAUCCCUUCUCACUGUUAGUUUUUUAAAUAAUCAUUGUAAUCGUUCUUUGAAUAUUGUGCAUGAUAUGCAAAACAGCAUCAUAAAAAAGAUCUAAAUUAUUUUUCAGCCUUCUUUAAUAACCAAGAAUAAAUGCCUGGCAUGUUAUAUAACACUUGAGUUGUGAGAUAAAACGUGUGUUCAAAGACAAAGAGGGAUUAAUCGUUUCUGGCAAGAGAGUGUCCAUUCUGUGCUUUAAUUAUUUUCAACUAAGUUAAAUUUAGACAAAUGUGUGGCUUUUUCAUCGCGUUUUGGAAGCACAGAAAUCGACGCAACUGUUUACAGAAAUAAUUAAAUUUGCACAAACAAGGCCUCUUACGAGUCGUUAUUUUCACCAUGGCUCGAAGCAGUGUAGCCAACGAAGCAGAAAACGAUCUGCUGGCUGACCAAUGUUUACGUUUAUAUUCAACAUUGAGCCUGGUUCAUAAUGGACAAUCGAACUGGAGCCUUGGAAUAAGAAUUGUGGUGGAUUUAAUGUGUUUAUAUCAUACAUGGUGUGGUCUUUGCAUUACCCAACAAAUUUGCACGGUAUUGUACGCAGUGAAAACAAAUGUGGUGGGAUGGUGGUGUCAUGGUUAGCAAACCACGCUGCAAAUCCAGUGACCGUUUGAUUCCCAGUCACGGCUAACAUCAGUGGCGAGGGAUUUGAACCGGUCCUGCUCACACCCCCCCCCCCCCUUUCACUAACGCACACUGACCAUCGUGGUGAAGUAUGGUCACACAACCCCCACGACUAAAGGAAUUCUUAGUAAAGGGAUUAUUUGUCAUGUAUGCAGUAAAAGGUGGUAUCUCUCGUCUUGCCAUGCAAACCAGGGGCCAAGAGUAUCUUGAAAUAUUCUGGGCCCUAUCUGAGGUCAUCUCGGCCUGCAGUGCGUGCCUGGUCCCGUGUGACCAACAACUUCCCUGGAGAGACAAAGGUGACUGAGAAUGCUUAAUCUUGGCCAUACUACCCCACCUCCUCAUGUGCCACAGUGAUCCUGAAUAGGUGCUUGCGAACAGUGUCCAACAGCCUAGGUAGUCUCGCAAUUUCGUAAUGUAAGUAGUGCCUCAUCGUCUGCCUUUAUUAGUUACACAUUUUAAACUGAAAUGUGGUUUGUUUGAUAAGCAAAGUGCCGUCUUGGUACUUCUGUACUUUGUUACCAAAAACAGAUUACUUUUGUAUUAUCUUUACAACAGUAAUACAAAGCUAAUUGAUGUAAUUUUCAAGAGUUUAUGACUUAUUAUUUUAUUAACCCGAGUGAAAAUGUAUCUUUGUAUACUGCAGAUUAGUUAUCAAAAAUGUCUGGAACAUUUAAAACAUAUUAACAGAUGAUAUUACUUGAGAAACACGCAUUACGCCAUUUAUAGUUCAUGGAAUAGCUGCUUAAGCAAAUUGUGUGUUUUUAUCAUGAAAGAAGAGGCUGCCCCUGAACUCUGUACAAUGUGAUCCCGCAUUAAAACGCUCAUCUAUUGCAAGAAUAAACGUGUAUUGUUCAUACUG